GCCUGGCUCAAGCUCCUGGACUUCCACCUGCAAACAAGUCCGCAAUGCACUCGAAGAAUACGGUUGCUUUGUGGCAUUGUACCCACAAGUCUCCCAAGAGCUCAUGGACAAUAUCUUCGGCCAAUCCAGGGAUCUGUUCGAGGUUCCCCUCGAGAACAAGGUCAAGAACACCAGCGAGGAGCCUUACCGUGGCUAUAUCGGACCAAACCCCCUCUUGCCGCUCUAUGAAGGCAUUGCCAUCGACAACGUCACAUCCCCACAAGAAACUCAGAAGUUCAGGGACCUCAUGUGGCCUAAUGGAAAGACCCAAUUCUGUGAAAUCACAGAUCUGUUUGCCAAGUUGCUCGGGGAGUUGGAGAACACUGUGGAAAAGAUGAUGUUCGAAAGCUACGGGAUACCUCUGGAGCAAUAUGAAACGUUGGCGAGUUCCAACAGUCAUCUUCUUCGUUUUCUCAAGUACAAGAUACCAGAAGAGAGAGACGCGGCCCUUAGGUUUCCGAGCCACACAGACAAGAACUUCACCACCAUUAUCGUUCAGCAUGAUGUCGGUGGCCUCGAGGUUCAGACUAAGGAUGGUUAUUGGAUCAGUGUCGAGUCUGCACCUUCUCAGUUCCUCUUCAUGGCCUGUGAUGGACUUCAGGUAUGGAGCAAUGACAGAGUGAAAGCUCCCCACCAUCGUGUGAAGCACUGCGGGGACAAGACUCGAUAUUCACUGGGAAUGUUUACGUUCAAUAAUGGAGUAUUUGAAGUACCCAAAGAGCUAGUAGACGACAGCCACCCACUCCUCUAUAACCAGUUCGACAGCCUUGGCUUCGUAAGGUUUUACACCACACCAGAGGCCAAGAAGGCAGAGUCACCCAUCAAAGCCUACUGCGGUGUUAAAAACUAGCAUAUUCGAUCUCCACGGGAAUAUCUACAUACAUAAAUCUCAUAGAAUAAAUAUAGAUAAGUUAAUUUGAUUGGCUCGAUCAGCUAGCUAGGAUUUAUUAUCCAUGAUUUGCUUCGUAUUUUACUGCUUCGCUUUACGUACUGUUCAUUG